CACCGCCGCCGGCCUAUGUAUAAGGUGAAGCACGCGGAGCGCCAGUUCAUCGUUGUCCGUCACGUCGAGAAGGUCUUACCCUUUGAACCGGCCGAACGCGUCCCGUUCCGUGAAGUCCGGAAGAACAGACGUCGGACUUCUUCGUUCCGAGGAGACUGCGAUCCGACCGGAAGUCGUCGAGCCGACGACGACGACGACCCGCUUCUUCGAAAGUCGCCCGCUUGUCGCACGUCUACCACUCGAGAAAGGAUGAUCGUCCGUUCGUGCCUCUGUUUGGCAGCGACCAUUGCACUCGCGCUCGCCGAUGACCCCUCGUCGAACAACGUACUAUCCGUGAAGGAUGAUCCCAUGAGCUUCGAAGAAAUGCGCGGGAAUAAGAACUUCGGGUCCUCGGAGGACGCCGGGAUCGCUAAGCGAGCACCCAUGGGCUUCCAGGGCAUGCGAGGCAAAAAGGACUCAAUGGCGGAGGACAUCGAGCACGAUCUAGCCCCGGAAACCGCCGACAAACGGGCGCCCAUGGGCUUUCAAGGGACGAGGGGCAAAAAGGACAGCCUAAGCUCCGACCCGGAGGAUCCUUACGCGCCGGGCGACGCGUACGAAAAAAGAGCAUACUAUAAUAACCAGGACGAGCAUUAUAAACGGGCACCGAUGGGAUUUCAAGGAACGAGGGGCAAGAAGUCGCUCGCGGAGAUCUUGAACGAAAUUGAAAGGAGGAACACGAUGGGAUACCAGGACGAGGACACGUAUUUGUUCGAUUACGGCGAGGACUACGACGCGAGGACACCGUCGAUGACGGUCGGUAGGUUCCGGGAUGAAGACGCGCGCGACGGGAAGAACGAGAUUCUGGACGAGUGGGAGAAGAGGGCACCGAUGGGAUUUCAAGGAAUGAGAGGGAAGAAGAUGAUCCUCGACGCUGUAGAGCAGCUCGAGAAAAGGGCCCGUAUGGGAGGUUUUCACGGUAUGCGCGGCAAGAAAGACUCGCUCGCGGGCUACGUCGAUUACCCGAUCAAUCCGUCCGAGUACGCCAAGAGAGGUACAGAUAUUCGCGAAAGAAACAUUAUCGAGUCGCUGAAGAGAACACGAAUGGGUUUUCACGGAAUGAGAGGUAAAAGAGACGUGUCGCAGAUUUACGAAGUCAGUUCGAGCUACCAAGGAACGAACAACGACCGAGGAGAGAAAGCGGCUGCUUACGAGAUCGCGAAACGAUCGCCCUACAGAUACGUCGGAGUUCGGGGCAAAAAGAAUCCACGAUGGGAGUUCCGCGGGAAAUUCGUGGGUGUCAGAGGCAAGAAGUCCUCCAUGUUGCAACACCGAUCCGUCUUCUAAUGCGUUCGACGACGCAUUGGGCGCGUGAAAUGAAUGCGAUCGAGAAAUCGUCGAUGUUACUAGGUAUUCGGAUAUCAGCUGAUGUUGACGUUCCUCUUGGUAAUGACAAAAGCACGUAACGAUUAGCAUAACAUUAGGGUUUGCGUUUCUUUCUUGUAACUUGUAUUCGAAAGCGAUCCACUUGAUAACAAAACAUAGGUGUAACGCGUGUACCGUGUUAUAAUAAUCGGUUUGGUUUCCAGUUUUUAGAAUAGAAGGGUGUUCCUUAAUUUCAAAUUGGAUUCGCUUGUGUCCACGGUCGAGCGUAUCGUCGCGAUCGGCGCGUUGUCGACACCGUAAUACAGUUAAUUCUCCCUAAUUGACGCUCAAAUUCUACACAAAAAUGAACAAUUUGAGAAGGAGUGAUACCGGUCGUUCGAGCUUUUCAUAGUUGUUGAUAAUCGAUAACUAUAAAAUCGAACAAUCGUAUCUCCUCUUCCAAAAGUGUCCAGUCUUUUGUGCACAAUCUGAGCGUUAAUUAAGGAGAAUUUACCGUAAUUGCGUUUUCGUAGGAACGAUCAGUGAACGCCAUCGUAUGUAGAGUAUAGAAUAUAGUAUCGAAUGUAAAUAAUAGUUACCUUCGAUAUCGGCCGUAAAGAGCGGGUCUAUUCCUUUCCGUUGCUGUACGAUGUGUAUGUAUGUAUGUAUGUAUAUAUAUGUAUACGCUUGGAAGUUUUCCCCGAUAAUAAAUACACGAGGCGCUUCUUCGUUUCCGGGUCGUCGAUUGUUUCGGAGAAGCUGCAGUCAAUCUGGAGCGACCAAAACUGUUACAGUUAUGAAAGCUACGAAAACUAUGGAAAAUAUGAAAAAUAUGAAAA